AAGCUACACUCAGACUGGACCCACUUGCAGUGCAAAGACCACAAGCAAGAAGACUCCGAAGCCGGGAGUAGAAGUACCAACAUUUAUCCUGGAGCUUAGAACGAAAAGACAAGCGAGACCACAACGUUUGGUUCUACGGACUGUCUGCUGGAGCUCCGAUACAACCAAUUUGUCACUUCGCUAUACGCCAGUUUCUCUGGAUAUAGCAGCUAAACAAAGUUGGUAGUAAACUCUUUGGAGUUUGGUUAGAGUCACUAUAUUUUUUCUUUGCUUGUGAGAGUGGACUGCACUGAAACUUGGGAUCGACCCAGCUUGGGUCGGGCUUGGACCUGGCGCAUUCUUUUCGCGGCUUCAAACACUGCGAAAGUUUUGGCCAGAGCGCAGAUCUGAAGACUUUGAGUCGAGUCAGACUUUGAGAUACACUCAGCAGCUGCUUCCCGAGUCCAGAUCCAGACGCCUGGAGGACCGGUUAGAGAGCCACUGACAAGACUUCAAAGAAACGUUUUUCGAGCACCCUCUCUGGUACAGACAUGACAGAGUGUCUGCUGUACUAAAACCUACAAAUCCAACAAUUAUUCAGAGGGGUUGUGAAGAUAACCAAGAGAUCUGAAUCAAGUGCAGUAACUUGCAACAAAGAAGUCAAAGAAACCACCCUGGUUAAACCAGCAACCACAGAAACAAGAUCAAUCAACCUCUAAUCUAAGCCGACCCAAUGGCGCGGUCAGCUUUUACCGGCCCCUGCGUGGCCCUCGCCCUGCUCUUCUUCGGUUUGACCCACUGCACUCCCUCCGGACCGGCCUCUGCCACCUGUGCCACCCUGGAACAGAGCCGCUUCUUCGGUGUGUUCUCUUCCACGACCACCCUGCCCUCCACCCCGUGCUCCUGGACCCUGCAGAAUCCAGAUCCUCGCCGCUACACUGUCUACAUGAAAAUCACCAAGCCCACCGACACCUGCGUGCCCCGCCAGAUCAGGACCUUCCAGUUCGACUCCUUCAUCGAGACCUCUCGCACCUACCUGGGUAUGGAGAGCUUUGAUGAGGUGGUCCGGCUCUGCGACGCUUCAACAACGGUCACCUACCUGGAGUCUAGCAAGCAGUUCCUGCAGAUCCGCAAGGUUGCCUCAAGAAACGGCCUGGAGAUGGUGGAGGGAGAGAAUGAUGUCAGCGAGUUCAAGGCUGAGUUUCUGGUCGUGGGGAAGAGGAACCCAAGUAUGCCCGCUUGCCAGAUGCUGUGCCAGUGGCUGGAGAAGUGCCUGUCCAGUAGCACCCACGAUUAUCCCUGUGGCAUCAUGAACACCCCAUGCCAGUGCUGGGAGGCCCCGAAGAGGAAACCAGGAAGCUGCUACAGGGGCGGUGUCUACGUUGAGAAAUGCCUUCCCGUUCCCAGAGACAACGGACGCGACGCUGAGAUCAUCAAGGGCUGGGCUGGUUGGGGCCGCUGGUCCGUAUGCAGCCAGGAAUGUGGCGGCGGAGUACAGGUGCGCAGCCGAAACUGCCAGCCCGAAGAUGGUGUGUGCGAGGGAACGGUUGAAGAAGGGCGUGCCUGCAACCCCCAGCCCUGCAUUGGCAAAGAGCGCAACAGGAGCCAGGGUCUGCGGGCCAUCAUUGGUUUGAAGAGAGACAAUGCUGAUGAUGCUAACCACGGAGUUGUUGCCACCCAAGCAGUAGAUGCUAAGACAGAUGAGUGGUCCACCUGGAGUUCGUGUUCAGUCACCUGCGGCGAGGGUUGGCAGAGCCGUUCCCGCGUCUGUGCAACUUCCUCCUUCACCACUCAGUGCACAGGACCCCUUCGCGAGAACAGGCCAUGCAAUAACACAGCCGUCUGCCCUGUGGAUGGUGCUUGGGAUGAGUGGACCCCCUGGAGUCUGUGCUCGUCCACAUGCGGUCGUGGUUAUCGUGACCGUACCCGCACAUGCAAGCUGCCCCAGAAUGGAGGAGAGCCUUGCCGCGGCCCAACAAGACAAACCAAGUUCUGCAACAUUGCUGUCUGCCCAGUGGACGGAUCCUGGAACGAGUGGUCUGCUUGGACUGCGUGUUCUGCCUCUUGCUCCAACGGCACCAUGCAGAGAACCAGGGAGUGCAACGGGCCGUCUUAUGGGGGCUCAGAGUGCCACGGCGGCUGGAAAGAGACUGCCAACUGCUUCCUGAAAGAUUGUCCCGUUGAUGGGCGCUGGCAUUCGUGGAGCACGUGGGGCAGCUGCAGCAAGACAUGUGGUGGAGGCAUCCAGCAGAGACAGAGAGUUUGUGAAGGACCUUUCUUUGGAGGAGAACCUUGCCCCGGUGAAACAGGAGAACAGAAGCGUUGCAGUGAGAAGAGAUGCCCUGAGCCCCAUGAGAUCUGCCCUGAGCAGAACACUGGUGAUGUUGUGUGGAAGAAAACCCCAGCUGGAGACAUGGCUGCCACUGGUUGCCCUGCUGAUGCCUCAGGUCUGGUUCUGCGCCGGUGCACCCUUGAUGCUGUAGGCCUUGCCUCUUGGGAGAACCCUACUCACAUCAAGUGUGUCUCCAAGAACUAUGAGAACAUUCAGAUGCUGUCAAGGGACUACCUCGGCAAAGCUCAGAUGGGACAGAGCGUGGAUGGUGUCGCUGAGGUGAUUUCACGUCUGAGGUUCUCCAGCGAUGAAGGUGCCAGGUACAGCGGCGACCUCCUGGCCGUUAUGGAAAUCCUCAAGAACACCACCGAGCUUUACAAGGGAACCAGGCUGAGACUGAGCAACGCUGAUGUUGAGAAUUAUGUACAGACCAUCAGCAACUUACUGAAGGAGGAACAUCGUGACAAAUGGGAAGAAGCACAGCUGAUGGGUGCCAGCAUCAAAGAGUUCCUCCGUCUCGUUGAUGACUUUGUGAACAUGAUCGGUAUGCAAAUGAGUGGCUUCCAGGACAUUUAUGAAGUCACCGAGAAUUUAGUUCUGAGCAUCCACAAGCGUCCAACAACUACAAGCUCCAACUUCACCUUCCCUGUGAAGGGCUGGAGAGGCAUGCUGGACUGGGUCAGAACCUCUGAGGAGAAGAUCUCAGUGUCCCGCGAUGCUCUGGCUAUUGAAUCAUCUGAUGCCAAUGAUGCUUUUGUGACUGGCAUUGUCCUCUACAGAAACCUUGCUUCUAUCCUGUCCUUCCAGAGUAACACCACCCUGCUCAACUCUAAGGUGGUGACCGUUAUUGUCAAGCCCACCCCGAAUCUCCUGUCGUCCCCCGUCGAGAUCGAAUUCCCCCACCUCCAUAAUGGCACCAUGAAUGAGACUUGCCUCUCCUGGGAUGAGAGCGAAACUUCUUCUCUGCUUGGGUCUUGGUCUGCUCGGAGCUGCAGAGCGGUCCCUGUUCAUUCAUUCAGAACCAAAUGCGUGUGUGACAGCCUCUCCACCUUCGCCAUUUUAGCGCGCGUCAACUUCGACUCGAUCAUGGACAAGGCUCUGCUCCCGUCCGUGACUCUCAUCGUUGGCUGUGGGGUCUCCUCUCUCACCCUGCUGCUCCUCAUCAUCAUCUAUGUCUCCGUGUGGAAGUACAUCCGCUCCGAGCGCUCUGUCAUCCUUAUCAAUUUCUGCCUCUCCAUUAUAUGCUCCAAUGCCCUCAUUCUCGUCGGACAAACUCAGGCUCGCAAUAAGGUGGUGUGCACUCUUGUAGCUGCCUUCCUGCACUUCUUUUUCCUGUCCUCUUUCUGCUGGGUGCUGACAGAAGCUUGGCAGUCCUACAUGGCUGUCACUGGUCGUCUGCGCAACCGCAUCAUCCGCAAGCGCUUCUUGUGCUUGGGCUGGGGCCUCCCUGCCCUGGUGGUGGCAGUGUCUGUGGGUUUUACAAAGGCUAAGGGAUACGGCACCGUCAACUACUGCUGGCUGUCUCUCGAGGGCGGACUCCUGUACUCGUUUGUCGGCCCCGCCGCUGCUGUCGUUUUGGUGAACAUGGUCAUUGGUAUUCUGGUCUUCAACAAGCUGGUAUCCAAGGACGGCAUCACCGACGUGAAACUGAAGGAGAGAGCCGGGGCAUCACUGUGGAGCUCCUGCGUGGUCCUGCCUCUCCUGGCCCUCACCUGGAUGUCCGCCGUCCUGGCCAUCACCGACCGCCGCUCUGCCCUCUUUCAGAUCCUCUUUGCCGUCUUCGACUCUCUUGAGGGCUUCAUCAUUGUCAUGGUGCACUGCAUUCUGCGCAGAGAGGUUCAGGAGGCUGUAAAGUGCAGGGUAGUUGACCGUAAGGAUGAUGGAAAUGGAGACUCUGGCAGUUCCCUGCACAAUGGCCACCCCCAGCAUAUGCAGUCUGAUAACGAAAAGGAUGGAGAUUCAAGCAGACAAGGAAUGAAGAGUUCCUCUGAAGAGAAGAUGCCUCCUCCUCAGCUGCCUCUUCCCAUGGGCUCCAACUUCCACACCCUGCCAUCCAACCCCAGCAAGAGCCACAUGCAGGCUGUUCCUGAAUACUCCAGCCACACCCUCACCCUGAAGAGAGAGAAGAGCCGGCUGGUAGGAGGAGUCGAUCCCUCCUGCGGGAAACCUGUGUAUGUGUGCGAAGGGGAGCUCUUCAAGCAGUUGGAUGCAGAUCUCGGCCGGGAAGGCAGCAUGUCCGACGGCAGCGGCUACGUCCUCAUGCCCAACACCACCUCCACCCUGAGGUCCAAGCCUAAAGAUGACCCGACAAAAUACAACAUCAGCGUGGAGCAGCUGCCGCAGGCCAGGCUCAUGCACCUCGGCGGACCCUUCGCCGAGCCCCAGGCUGCCUUCGGGAUGAAGUCGAUCCCCCCCGACCAGGUCAGCGUGUCGUAUUCAGAGAGAGACUCUCCCAUCCAGAACAUCCACAACAUGUCCAGCGAGUCUCACAUCACCCACAGCAGUCUGGAGAACACCUUCGAGUCCAUGAACUCCAUGAUGUCCAAGAGUGAGACCAUCUCCACUCUUUCCAUGAGCUCUUUGGAGAGACAAAAAUCCCGUUAUGCUGAGCUGGACUUUGAGAAAAUAAUGCACACCAAGAAACGCCACCAGAACAUGUUCCAGGACCUUAACAGGAAGCUACAUCACGCUGAGAAAGACAGAGAGUCUCCUGCUUCUGACAGCAAGUCUGUGAGAUGGAGUGUCUCUUCAGGAGGAAGUGACAAAACGAACCACAGCGACAAACAGCAGGGUCCUCUGGAGAGGCCAUGGGAGGGAGUCCGGGGAAUACCACAGUCACCCCCCGCAUGGGUGCGUAAAGACCUGGAGCCCUUAGCUGCCUCGCCUCUGGAGCUGCACUCUGUGGAAUGGGAGAAAGCCGGCACCACCAUCCCUCUGGUGGGACAGGACAUCAUUGACCUGCAGACGGAGGUCUGAGGCGGAGGAAGGGGGCUAGCGAUGCCACCUGAUUUCACCUCGGUCACCUUUUUGGUUUGGGUAUGGGAUCCUAAAUGGAUAGAGUAGAGGAAGCCAAGAAAGGGAGGGAAUGAGAGUAGGUCCCAGAAUCAGUGUCUUCAAACCCUCAACCAGAGCAAGAAGGGAAGGUGGAAGGGAGGGAUGGAGGAGUGGAGAUUGGGGUGAUGGGAUGUUUAAUGUAGCUUCUCUGUGUGGACUUAUCGGCACCUCUUAUCGGGAGUGCUCUAAAGGUCAAUGGGUUAGUGGAGCGAUCAGUGGCCUCCACGGACCAGGACUGUCUGUGGUUCCAUUAGCGCUUCACUGGCGUGUUCCUGAACCCUGCAGCCUGGGUUUCAGAAGAUGUGGUCGACAUGUCUGUGCUUCUUUUUUUCCUUCAACUCAGCUUUGAAGAACGAUUAAAUGACACUGAAGCGGCGCGUCCUCCCUGCUUCCAGGGAGGGCCGGCCGGGACUCUUGGCUGCUCUUCUUCCAGCCGAGUUACACUUCCAAAACAGGACAAGGCAAGAGAGCAUAAGGGACCAGUUCCGUGCUCCAGUACUCUGCACUUAAUUAGAAGGGCGUACACAUUUAGUUUUUGUGGAGUGGGUUAGUUCAUCAUUUUUACCCUUUUAUUUUCUCAAGUUUGUUCGUUUGUCUGUCCUGCUUCACACCUGGAACUUCUUUUCCAGAGCCGAAAAAGAGACUCUCUUUGCUGAGACUAUAACUCUUCUAUUGGAGGGCAAGCUUGAUCAUGCUGAUAGUGCUUCUCACUGUUGUUAUGAUCAUGUUUUUUUUUUAAUUAUUAUUAUUCCAGUGAUUAUUUACAGUGUUUUGAUUAGCAUUAUUUCUGUCUUUACUAUGCUUAUGAUCUAUAUUUAGAUUUUCCAUUACCCUCAUGAUUGACAGGCACAAGAUUUAUUGUUUUUGUCCUGUGACCUGCAAGACAAACAGUAUUGUCCAAAAAAAAAAAAAAAGACAGAAAGACAAAAAGAAAGAAAUGGAUUCAAUGCAUCUACAAUGUGUUUCGAGCUCAUUUGGACUGCAUCGGGACAAACAUAUUGAGUGGUGAUGGAGGUGGUGGUUAGGUAUCCGACAGUUCCUGGUUUCGUCAGUAUUCUGCUUCAGUACCAAAACACCAGCACCAGGACAAACACAGACUCUCACACAGGAAGAGCAGUGCAUUCUGGAAAAUGCUGGAAGGAAACGCGAGGAGGUGGAGGACCCCACCCCCUCUCAGCUGGCACAAGAUGUAGGCUCUUCCAUGUCGUACAUGCGGAUUCAAGGGGAUUCAGCGAAGGCUCUCAUCAUCGCCCUUUUGUUUCUCAGCCUUGCAGGACUCUAGGACCGAGCCAAGGCGCUGAUAUUACUUCCAGUUCAGCGUCAGGUCCUCAAGACUUCAACACAUUUGUGUUUUCAGCCAUCAGUGUGAAAUAGUGCAAUAUGAUGGGCGCUUGAUGCUCAAGCAAGACUGAUACUAUGAUUUAGGCAGAGAUUUUUCUUACGGAUGUUUCAAAAUUUUUAUACCAUCUUCCUCGUAUUUACAGAGCAUACAAAUGCUUUAUGAGAACAUUGUAUGACAAAUCUGUAUUAGUAAUUCAAAGAAUUUAUUCGCUAGAGAUUUGUUAGCACAAGACUCCAUAUUUGGAGUUCUCUGUGACAGGUAGAUAAUUGUACUUCUAUAAAGCAAACAUUAUAUAGAAUGAAUGAAUAUGAAUAUCUCUUAACUGUGCUUCAGGAUAUUUGUAAUUACUCUCUCCGCUGUGUGGCGGCGGGUAAUUGAACCUCAUGUCUUCUGUAACCAUGUGUUACUGUAACCUCAUCAGUAACAGUAUGUACUACCAGCCAAUUCCCUUGUCCCUUCAAAUCCCUCUGUCCUACGCACAGCCCAACUCAUACCUCGAGUUACCUGUAUUGAAUACCCAUUUGUAUUAUCUUGUCUUGUUUUUUUAUGUUCCGUUUUCCUCCUGUAAAUGUACAGUUUUCACAGCACAAAAUGAAUGUGACUUCUUUCUAAUAAAACACACAUCUAUAUUACGUAA